AUGGUUUCCCGUAGUUCCACCGUUUCGUUUGGCAAGGAUGCCUACUCGAAAGCAUUAGUUGCCCACAUGCAAAAGGCAAUAAAUCCUCAGGAAGUCCCUCCGAAGCCCAAGCACGUCCGCGCGAUAAUUUUGGGAACACAUCAACAUAGAACAUCUAAUUUUCUGUAUUCUGCUACGUGCGAGCUGCAAGUUCUUACAAUUCAAGUUGCAUGCUGGAAAUAUUUAAUUGUAGUUCACAAGGUUUUGCGAAACGGUUAUCGAGAAGCAAUUCGUUACGCACCUAGGAAAAUUGCUACUUUUGAAGAAAUUAAGCGUACGUGGACGGCCUUUCCGGGUCAAUAUAGUACAAUGAUAGGUCAAUUAUGUUGCGUUAUUAUAAAGAAAUUCGGCUUUCAUCGAACUUAUCCCAACAUUCCAGGCGAUUUUGAAAUAUCUCAACAAGCAAUAAUGAGCUCAAUUGGACGAUCUCCUGAUAACUUGAUUAGUUUCGCCCUGGCCGUGAUGGAUUAUCUCGAAGUUAUAUUGAACUUUCAAGCGGUGGUGUUUACCGAGGUAGAAUCCAGUCCCUCCACAACCAGCAUCUCCAGCAACUGCCGACUUGCGGCACUCACUCAAUGCGUGCGAGACAGUGCCGCUCUUUAUGAUAUGGCGUUAAAGGCGAUAAUUAAGUUGCACAGUCUUAUGCCUGCAGAAUCACUUGAGUUAUUGCGGACACGAUUUAGCCGUCUGUAUCAUAUGCUAGAACGCUUCUUUGCACGUGCCAACAGCUACGCUUACAUCCGUGACUUCCUCAAGAUUCCACUUUUGCCUAGCUCCCCACCAGAUUUUCUGGAUUCCGUCAGUAGGGUACAAAGCAUCGAAGUAGUUGAAAAACUCGAUGAAGAAGGCACCGGUCAAUUGGUGGAUUUAAGCGCCUCCGAGAGCCUCGCCGAUGCCAACGAAGGAUGGAGAACAGGUGACAAUGAUGCGAUUGUUGGAGGGUCUGUACAAUCUCGCUCAUCUUCCUCGGUUACAAGUCCUCAACGUGAACACAUGCUGGAAAUCGAGUUUCUUAGGUCAGAAAUCCAGCGUAUGGAAAUUGAGAAAGCAAGUACGCAGGAGCAACUGCUUGAUCGUAUACGCUUGCUGGAGGAUGAAAUAAAGGCACUGGUUCAGGUCAAAGCCAGACAGGAUGAGCAACUGACAAUGUUGGUCGAUCAAGUGAAAAAUCAAAUGGCUGCUGCAGCGGCUUCAGAGGAGAAGUUCAUGAAGAUUAGUGGUGCCUAUGGGAAAUUACGGGCGGAGCACGUUAGCACCCUUAAAGAAGUGGAGGCAUCAUGCCAAAACGGAGUCGACGCAAAGCGUCUGGCAGCGUUGGAGUUGGAACGGGUUUCCUGGGAGGAAAAACUACGUGCCUUGGAAGGCCAGUUAGCUGAAAGUCGUCUCACCCUUCAGAUAGCUGAGAACAGGAAGCCUGACUUCAGCAGUCAAUUGAAAAGCGCUUGCCAGGUGGCCGAACAGGAAAUGCGUGACCUCUUGCUCAAGACUGCGUGUUUAAAGGCCAAACAAGACGCCAGCGCUAUUGAAUCAUUAAUGGAGGGCCCAGAAUUUGUUCAGUGUCGAAGCUGUGCAGAUGUUGUCAACACUUUCGCGAACUCCGCUACCUCUAAAGUGAUUCAUCUGAAAGGAAUUAUUUCUGAUACAGAUGUCAAGAAUUCUACAACACUGCCUUUAGACGUGGCCCACCUCUCUUCUUACCUGAACGCCACCCUUCUCCAUGCCAAAUCCAUCGCUAAUUCUGCUGCAGACAUUGUAAGAUCCGAUGAGCUAUUAGCCCUCUGCAAGCGUUGCCACAACGACAGCCUUGAUAUAUACUCUCACCUGGCCUCCACCGAUUUCGAAGCAUGGCGCAAUUUAGUGGUACUGGGUCAUGUGGAGAGUCUGCUGACAGCUUUAGCACGAAUACAGGUGCUGACAGAGGAGAUGAGGCCACAUAUCAAAGAUGUGAAUGAAGAAGACGUGGCCUCGGUCUUGGAGCAGGAGAUGCAGCGCACCACUGAGCUCAUAGCGCGUGCGGAGGCUAGAUUUAAGGAGCUGCUAGAACAAUCGAAGACCUCGAUGACGGGUAUUCAACUAGAAGUGAACAGCAAGAUUCUUGAUUCCUGCACCAAACUCAUGUCCGCCAUUUCUAUUCUUGUUGCUAGGGCGUGUGAUCUACAGAUAGAGAUUGUCAACGAGGGGAGAGGAACCGCGACCGUGAAAGAGUUCUACAAACGUCAUAACCGAUGGACCGAGGGACUUUUUUCCGCUGCGAAGUCUGUUGGUGCAGGAGCUAAUCUUCUAGUCGAAACUGCCGAUGCCAUAGUAACAAAUAAAGGUGGCAAAUUGGAGCGACUGAUAGUUGCAGCAUUGGAGAUUUCGGGUUCCACGACUCAGCUGGUGGUGGCCAGUCGAGUGAAGGCGAGUAAUGGCUCACGAUGUCUUAGCAGCCUCGAAUCCGCAGCAAAAGCGGUUUCUAGCAUUACUGGAGAGGUCGUCGCAGGUGUCCAAAAUGCCUCUGUUAUCAAGGAACAGACACAGAACAUGGACUUUGCAAAGCUCUCCUACACCCAGGCGCAUAAAAUCGAGGUCGACAGACAGGUGCGCAUUCUGGAGUUAGAGGCUCAACUGGCCGCGGGGAGACAACGACUCGCUGAAAUUAGACGCUUCAAUUAUUCAAAUGCCGCCGAAUUUGAGCAGUCGGGUCGGGACAAGUUUCUAAACAACUAUGAUCUGUUUGUAACAAGACCACUUCCUAUUUCCACUUCUGAAAGGCGUUAUUUUAACAAUGAUUAA